AUGAACAUAAAGGCAAGAACUGAUGAGGAACUAGGGGAUUUAAUGUAUUAUUUAUCCCAGUAUAAUCUCAAAAUCAAAUAUAACCCAGGUAAAUCAAACCAAGAAGCAGACUGUUUAAGCCGAAAUCCAGUUUUAGAACCUUAUGAAAACAUUGAUGAUUUUUUAAAAGUGGUUAAUUUAAUAAACCUUAAAGAUAUAAAAGAAGACCAACAAAAAAAUUUAAAUUUAAAAAAUAUGAAACUAAUAUUAGAGAAAGAAAUUUACUAUAAAAAGAAUAAAAGAAGAGAGAAAAUAAUACUAUCAGAACAACAUAGCAAAAUACUAAUAAAAGAUGUCCAUAAUACUUACUGCCACAUUGGAAGAACCCAGUUGACAAAUAAAAUAACACCAUUCUACCCAGCAAAAAAUAUCAUAAAAAACAUUAAUCAGAUUUGUGAUAAAUGUGAAGUUUGUAUAAAAAAUAAAUCGAGGAGAAAACCAAAAUAUGGUUUAAUGUCACAUUUGGGUCCAGCAACACGACCAUUUGAAAUCAUAUCUAUUGAUACCAUCGGUGGUUUUGGAGGAUCACGGUCGACUAAAAGAUAUCUACAUCUCCUGGUCGACCAUUUUACAAGGUAUGCUUGUAUCAGCACAUUAAAAACCCAGAGCUCCAAUGAUUUUAUAAAAUUAAUAAAAAAAAGGUGGGCAAGUGGGUGUCGCUCUGCUGUACAGUAG